AUGGAAAAGGGGUUAUUUGCAACCAUUUCCCUUUCUCAAAAAAGAAAGGCAUCAGCCAAGCAUGUCAGAUCAGCAUUUUUGAAGGAGCUGACCAGAGCAACACAUAUUAAACAGUCAACUUAUACAAUAAUGGAACUGUUUUGAUUACAAGGCAAUGAUUCAAGCCUCCAGGCUUUUGAGAAUGUGUUUGUACCCUAAAAGUAGAAGCUGAACUCAUCUCAGAAGCUGAGGAAAAAGUAAAGGAGGGGAGAUGAUGGAGAAAAGCCCCAGCAGCCCCCAACAGCCUCUGUGACCCCAGCAAGAAGCCCUCAGUGCCCUCUACCUACAGCUGCAGCAGACAGAGCCAAGGACAUGCAUACAACACCAAGAACACCUGCUAUGCAACGUUUCCACAACACCCUCUCUCUAGUUGAAGCAGAGGUCAUAGAACUCAGAGGAGAACAAGCUUCAAGAGGAUGACACUGUCCAGAAACUGAAAGAAGAGAUGAAACAGUUCAGGGAGGAAAGCAGAGCAUCUAUUGCUAAAUUAAAAAGCAGAAUGGACAAACUGAGUCAGACAAAUGAUGACCUCAGAGACCAUCUGAGCACACACAAGAGAGGUUACAUUGACACCCUCAACCAGCAGCUGGUCAUUAUGUCCUCUGCAUCUAGAGAACAUGUCCACCAGCUUGGUACAACACAGGUUAGAAACUGA